AUAAUACCUGAAGAGAGGUGAAAGAAUCACAGCUUGCCCUGGCUUUAUCUCUGGGGGAAGCACUGCUUCUGGGGUGCGAAGGACAGUGGUGUAACAGCACAAGAUUUUCUCCUUUAGCACAGACUGAGGCAGUAGGGCUGUGUUAGCUCUGUCACCAGAAGAAACAGUCCUACAGAAAGGUUGCUUCGAUGUUAUCUAGAUAUGCGUUGGCAUUUAAGCGAGUCAGUGCAUUUUUAGAUACGUAUAUUUGUACAAUUUGUACACUGAGACUUUCCGCUGGAGACGAGCGUGCUCCCUCUGUCAUUUUUGUGGUCAGCAUGAUUUUUAAAAAGUGCAGAAAUUGAAAGGCAGAUGAAAAAACGUGGUUAAUUAAAUGUGAAAGGUGCUGUCCUUGUUUGGACUGUCUGUUAAUGGUAUGACAAGCUCUGGUAAAGAGCUUAGCUGGCCAGAUUAAAAUUAAAAAAUUGUCUCAGUCCAUCUGCUAGCUCCAAGGAGUUUACUUCCAUCACCUUUUCUUGUUUCUUCACUAAAGCGGAAUACUGUCUUUGAAAAGAACAUUCCCAGGACGUCUUGGUUGACUUUUUCUACCUGUUUUUUCUAAAGAUAAUUAUAUGUGACAUCAAGAUACUUUCAAGAAGGGUAAUGCUCUUGGUUGGUUCAAGGAUACGUUAAAGACAACAGCUCUUUUGCUAAAAGGGAUUUUCUUUUCUUUUUUUUUCUUUUUUUUCCCCUUGCAUCUUGGUUUUUUUGACACAAAAGAUUAUGUUUGGCUUCAUUUGGAAAAUCUUUCUUUGCCUUCCGGUUUUGGGAAUGAUUAAAGGCAAUCUUCAAAUAGUUGCAGCAGAAGGUUAUUCAGCUACAGAAGGAGGACAGGCUAAAGAUGGUUCACCAAUGCCUCAGCUCAGUGGCUGGCAGUUGGCAAACCCUUCUCUGCCUCCUGAGUUGAAAAAGCUUAAUGGCAUCGUGGAGGCUGAACAGGUCAACAAGAAUUUGCUGUUACGAAGGAAGCGGUCCAUUCUGUUUCCUAGUGGAGUUAAGAUCUGCCCUGAUGAAUCUGUUGAGCAGGCUAUUGCCAACCAUCUGAAAUAUUUCAGGCUCAGAGUGUGUCAGGAAACAGUCUGGGAGGUCUUCAAGACAUUCUGGGAUAGACUGCCAGAGCGUGAAGAAUAUCACACCUGGAUGAGCCUGUGUGAGGAGGGAACGAUGAGUGUCUUUGAAAUGGGCACGAACUUCAGUCAGUCUGAGGAGCACCGGAGUCUGAUUGUGAAGAAACUGUCCUAUACAAAGGAAGCAAUGGGCAGCUCCUGCACUGAUUGGUCAUGUGGCCAAGGUGGUCCAGGGCAUCACUCAUGCAGCGGUAGUGGGACUCCAACUCCAGCUUCGGAUGCUGAUGUUACCACAUUGAGAGAUGCAGCUGCCAAUGUUCCUCCCCCUCAUGAGAUCUCUGUAGAGACUCCUGUGGGUGGUACUGUCCGUGAGAUCGAAGAUGCAGACACUACUAUCAAUAAUGAGAUUAAGAAGCAGGAUGAGAAACCAGUGAGACCUGUAACUGAGCAGAUAAUUGAGUUCAGCGUUUUGAUUGCUGAUGAAAAAUACAGCGAGGAGCUGAGCGACCCAGCUGCUGUGAAGCAUCAACUGCUGUCUGAACGAUUCAUUUCUCAGAUGGAAAGUGUAUUUGAAGGACUACCUGGAUACAAAAACAUCCAAGUCCUGGAUUACAGCUCUCCUCAGGAGGACAGUGGGGUGGAAGUUCACUAUGCUGUUACGUUUGAUGGAAAACCCAUCAGCAAUGCCACCUGGGACGUGAUUAACCUCCAUUCCAACAAGGUGGAGGACAACUCCUUUAUGGGCAUAGAGGAUAAUCCAACAGUUGUGUACUCCAUCAGUGAUUUCCGAGAUUAUAUUGCUGAAAUCCUCCAGAAAAAUGCCUUGCUUGAAAACACUUCCUUGUCUUUAGACCCUAACUCUCUCCAACUUACUAAUGUGAAAGAAAUACUGCACCCUAUACCCGGAGACCCAUCUUGGAUUACUGAGUACCCAGUCGUGCUGGAGCGCCCAGAGUUCGAUGACAGCACCUUUUUAGCUGAACGGCCUUCAGCAGAUGAAUCAACUGUCAGCAAUACCUUGCCCUUUGAUUUCGCCAAACCAGAUUCCACUUCAGAUAGUGAACAGUCCAAUGACAAUGAAAUCCGGCCAAGACCAGAAAAUCUGGACUCUGAGGCCAGUUUGGCACCUGAAGCUCCGCUCUCCUCAGAGGCUGACGUCACUUCUUUGCCUGAUGGGCUGAAUUUAGAGGAUGGGAAUCAGACUCCUCAUUUGGUCACUGGACCAGUGUUAGGGCGUGAUUCUGUGGACUCUCUGGAAUGGCUUUCAGCCCCCAGUUCUUUAGAUGUGUUUGAAGAUACUGGACUAUCUGAAGACCUUUUGCCUUCAAGUCCUCCUCACCUCGUGCCUGAAGAACCUCCACCUACAGAUGAUUAUGCAGUUCCUCUGCUUUCUGCACCAACAGUGGCCUCUUCAUCAGUCACAGAGACUGAUAUUAAAGAAACAAUAUUUGCUGAGAAGGAAGAAGUAACUCAAGGUCGUCCUGCAGGCAGUAGCAAUGCAGACUCUGUGUUGCAUGAGUCUGUGGAAGAAAUUCCUUUUCCCUUAGAAGUACACCCCGUGGAAGAUGAAACUGAUAUAUAUCUUGGAGAUAGAGUUAUAUAUGAUGAUGGGUCUGGUUCAGCUUUUGAUGGUUCAGGAAAAGAAAUGGAAUCAAGUAAUUGGCCUUCGGAAGAGGCAACACUGGAACCAAUUUUCUACCCUGGUCCCGAUAGCUGGCUUGAUGAUGACAAUGAGUCUUUGUUAAUCAGAACUGAGGAUAUUCCUGAAGGCAUGAUUUUAGACUAUAUUCUUAACUCUGGGAAUAAAUUAGAUGAUGAUCCUUCCAAAGAUGAGAACGAAGGUAUGGCCAAUAUAAAAGAAGAUUUUCUCGAUGAGUCUGAAAUAUUUGUCUUUCCAGAGACUACAACUAAGCAGGUACCUCUGUUACAGACAGAAGAGCCAUCAUCUGUGGAACCAUCUACACAGACAGAAACGUUGGGCAUGUAUGAUUCCUCUUUUGUUAAACCAUCCUUGGUUUUGGAGCCUUCAGUGGACCACUCCUUUGUAGAUAUGCCAACUGGAGAGGCCCCUGUCUCACCACACAAUACAGGUCUGUCUGUGGAAGAUAGUCUUACAUCUACAGGGACUGUCAGUAUGGAGCAACCUAUAGAGUCCAGUGUACGUCAGAACGUCAUUUCUGAAGCAGUUGAACACCAAAAUGAAGACAGGACAACAGUAGAAGAACUAUUCACAGUGGAGCAGUCAGAUGUAACUGAAGCUGCUACAAUAGGCCACUUGGACGCAAGCUCUUCAGAAACUAUUCUGACUGCACAUCCUUCCAUGGUAAACACUGAUGGUUCCACAGAAGAGCAGCAAACCCUAGAUUCAUCACUGGCAGGCCAAGACACUACCGAAUCAGCUGUGAAGAAACCAGCUGAUGUUUGGCCUACAGACACAGCACUAGAAAACUCAUUAGAUCAGGCAGUGCAAUCAGCAAUGCCAACUGCCACUCAAGUUUCAACUGUAGUUCGUUCUGUAAUAGAUCAGACCACUGUUCCAGAAGGCUUUGCUGGACAGGGUGGUACAGACCAUGACACGCAUGUUUCCAUGAGCUUCAGCACUGUUAUGAACUCUUACCUAACGGUGAGUGUAACAAGCACUGUUGAGCUUCCGUCCCUCCUCCCUCCUGUGGGAUCCACGGCAUCCUCGUCUGUGGCUACCUCAACAAAGCUGGGAGAUGAAACAACGAGGGUCCCGGAUGUUUCAGUGGACCUGGAUCAUGUGAGCACUGUCCACUUGUCUCCUGAGCUGACUGAGGGAGGAAGGAGCAUGACUGAAAGCCACGUGGAGCUAACAACUCGCGUCCAGUCCACAGAGAUGGCCAGUGUGGCUUGGGCCACACAUGAAAAUCACAAUAGUACUCCUGUCUCAUCACGAGCUCUAGUUGUGUUUUUCAGUCUUCGGGUUACCAACAUGAUGUUUUCAGAGGACCUGUUUAAUAAAAACUCCCCUGAAUACAAAGCGCUGGAGCAGCGAUUCUUGGAACUGCUGGUGCCCUACCUUCAGUCAAAUCUGACAGGCUUCCAGAAUCUGGAAAUCCUGAACUUCAGAAAUGGCAGUAUCGUGGUGAACAGUCGAAUGAAAUUUGCCAAACCUGUGCCUCGGAACGUCACCAACGCUGUGUACAUGAUCCUGGAAGACUUCUGCAACACUGCGUAUCACACCAUGAACCUGGCCAUCGAUAAAUACUCCCUGGAUGUGGAAUCGGGUGAACAAGCAGAUCCCUGCAAGUUCCAGGCCUGCAAUGAGUUCUCCGAAUGCUUAGUAAAUCGCUGGAGUGGGGAAGCCGAGUGCGUCUGCAAUCCUGGCUACCUAAGCAUCGAUGGGCUGCCAUGCAAUAGCAUUUGUGAUCUGCAACCAAACUUCUGCCUGAACGACGGGAAGUGCGACAUAAGCCCUGGGCAAGGGGCCAUCUGUAGGUGUCGUGUGGGAGAAAACUGGUGGUACAGAGGGGAGCACUGUGAAGAAUAUGUGUCUGAGCCACUGGUUGUCGGUAUUGCAAUUGCUUCUGUGGCAGGAUUCCUUCUUGUGGCGUCUGCUGUCAUCUUCUUCUUGGCCAGGACCCUUCGAGACCAGUACACAAAGAGUGAAACUGAGGACUCACAGGGGCAGGGUGACAGCCUCUCGUCCAUUGAGAACGCAGUUAAAUACAACCCCAUGUAUGAAAGUGAUACGACUGGCUACAGCCAUUAUUACCGGAGAUACCCUCAGCUAACAUCCUACAGUUCUACCAGUGCAGAGACAUCCACAGACUACAGCAGUGAAGAGAUCAGGCACAUUUAUGAAAACAGUGAGCUUACUAAGGAGGAAAUUCAGGACCGAAUUCGAAUUAUAGAGCUCUACGCUAAAGACCGUCAGUUUGCAGAGUUUGUUAGGCAGCAUCAAAUGAAGCUGCUUUAAGAAAAAAAGAAAUCAGUAGAAAGCAUUGGGAGAUAAAGACUACCUUGUUGCCAUAGCAAUGGGCUCCAAUGUAACUGCAAAGUUACUUAUAGUCUUAACAUUGCACGGAUGGAUACAGAUGUUUUCUAAAUGAACAGCUAAAAUGUACAGAUGUCUGUUUAUCUCAAUUACUUCUGGCUUUUCUGUGUAAAGUGACAUUUUUAAGAGGUGAUCAGAAGUGGCAGAGGUUAUGAAAGUUCAUUUUUCUUUAACUCCGAAAGGAACAGUGAAAGUUUGUAUACCAAGGCAAAAAAAUCUCCUCAGGUAAGAGAAGAUAAAUGCACAAC